AUGGAGGCCACGGAAACUGCCGUUGAUGAUCUAGAUCAAAUCCUGGAACGGAUCUUUCACCACAAUCUAACUUUGGGAGAGACUCUUCUCAAAAGUCACUGUCAAGACAGUGAGAAGAUAGCAGCAUAUAUUCCAAAACUGACUUCUCUUCUUCUGGACCUCGUCAAAGCCCUCAGCCAACAACUGGAGCACACAACUAACAUUGUUCAAAAUACCUACCAGCUACUGAAUAUGCUCUGCGAUAAAGAUUGGCCACAGGUUUCAAGGCAAGAGGGGAGCAGCCUUGCAGAUUGGCUUCUGGAAUUAAGCAAGCACAUCCUACAUGCUGUCAGACACUUUGGAGGGUCCCAAAACGAGCUGCUUGAACUGAGCCGUAGAAAUACGAAUCAAGGUCAGCAUGCUCCCUGUGUACCUGGGAUGUGUGAGUGUGAUGCUGAUAGAGGGGAAGUAAAUGGCAUGCAGGUACCAGCAUGUGUAAGUCAGCCAUUCCAUGAACCUUCCCCCAGGCGUGAGGAGGGGAACAGAAGCCAGCUAACAGGAAACCAUGUGGAGGAAACUAAAAUGGUUGUCACCUUAAAUGAAGAAAUAAGUGGCAAAGGACAGGAGUUUCCGAUGUUUGUGAAGAAUGGAUCUCAAAGUAUACCAGAGAAAUCAAUUACAAUACCAAGUCAGAACAAUGGCAAAGAUUCAGUGAAAUCUUCAGCUGAUAAUAUUUCAGAAAACAUUUAUUUGGACGACAUUCCAGGAGGCCAGGAGGAAAAUGCAGUUGGGUCCGGAGUGGUGGAGAAUAGCAGGAUAAACCACCUGCAGAUGCAUCCCAAUCAAGAAAAGCAGGCAGAGAUAAAGGAAGCCCUGAAGCCAGAAGAAAAUGGGAAUCGCAGGCUGAUAGCAAAGCCAGGGAGGAGGCACAAAGAUUUCAAUCAGCAGGAGAGAAAUGAAGGAAGUGCCCAAAGCAACCCAGAAAACUCUACAAGGUCAGAAGACUUACCUAAAAACAGUUCCAUCGACCUGUCCGCUGGUAAGCUGGAGGAAGAGGACAAUGGAGAGGGCUGGAUCAACAAAGAAUUUCUUAUGGAAGCAAAUGGUCCGAGUGAACCUGAAGUGGCCUGUUCCAUUACAGCCUCUUGCAGCAUUCUAGGCAAUCUAGUCAUCAAGGUUGUCAAUGAUUUAAGUUCACUGGUGGUGGACGAUUCAGAAGAGCUGGUCAGCAACGUCGUCAGUGUUGAGUGCUUGCAGCAUGGCUCACCGAUGGUUUCUCCAAUCACCCUUGCGAUCCCAUUUACUUCACGCUACAGAGGAAUGUACAAAGACAUCAUGGUGAAGGUGAUGGAUGCGGAGUUCCGGUCACGUUAUUUAACUCCCGUCUCUUUGGAAGGGCACUAUGGAAACCACAAGGGGACUUUUGCUGAGGUAAAAACCUGUCAGCUUGGCAUUUUUUCUGUGGUUUCAUGCUUAAAGACGGAAACAUUCACCAUUCCAAGGAAAGGUCUCUCACGAAAACUAAAUAUGGAUCCCAGAAUUUCCUUUUGCUACCCACCAUCAACUUUCAAUUCCCGAGUAAAAAUGCACCUAAAGGUGCAACCCAUUGAGCCAUCAACCAUUUCCAUAUUAAAAACCAAGCACGAUACGUAUCAUUCGGUAGUGUCUACAAGCCCCCUGGUGCAUCUGCAACAUCCCUCAUCUCAGCCAUUCAACAAAUCCAUCACAGUUAUUCUGCCUUGUCCUCCAAAACAAGAGAAGAAGAGAGAGGGCGAUGAGACAGACUGUGGGAGAACGACGAGUGCUUCUAUACAGAGGGUUUCAACUGCGCAUCACUUUCGAGCAAUAAGUGCCCCCUCAAGAAAACAUGGAGAGAAUCUCAAUGAAUCUUUGAAAUUAUUGGGAUACAGAGACGAGGAAUGGGCACUGCUGGAUGACAUCACGGUGAGAAAUGCGCGGAAUGGACUUGUGUCAUUUGAACUGGAUGAGCCCUUAGACAGCUUUAUUAUUAUUCGCCUGUCCUCUGCCAUGGACAACAUGCAUCUGGUUCGGUUUAUUCGGAAUCUAGAGCAAGCCAUCCACAACACCAUGGUGAAAGUGGUAUUGUAUCGGGGAAAAGAGGACCCAUACAAGAUAGUUGUCUUACUGGUUCCAUCAAAGGAACUGAACGUGGAACUGCAGAGUCUGCGUGAAGAGGGAUAUUCCGGGCCUCCAGAUCCCUCUCAGCAGUUCUUCAUGAGAGAAGGAGAGAAGGUUUAUUUUAAAUUUAGUGGAAAUAUUUGUGCUUCAGAUGAUGGGAUGGCCUUUGGGGGAACCUACAAGCUUACUUUCCAUGCACAAAGGAAGCCACGGCUUGCCCUCCACAUCAAGGAAGUGGAUGAAUUUGGCAACUACAGUUCACCCCAUUACAAAGGAACGGCCUUGUUUUACAAAGUGAGCAAAGGAGACAUUGCCAAGAGCUUGGAACAACCUCUUCUGCUAGAAGACUACCAGCAUCAGGCCCCCCUCUGCAAAUUGGCUCUAACCUUGCCAAAGAAUGAAAAGCUGAUCAGCCGCCCACAAAGCACGAAAAGAAUCUCAACUGACUCAUCAGAGGCAAUGUGGGACAACUUACUGUACUGGCUGUCACAAGAGCUGUCGGAAGAGAACGCUUCACGCCUCGCUCUCUCCCUCCCUCUCCACCGAAGCACGCUUCAGCUUAUUAAGCUGAAGUGCCCUGAUAACCUCACUGAGCAGAUCUACGAGCUCCUGUGCUUCUGGAAAAGGAAUCUUCCCAGAUCGGCCGACAAGCUCCGUCUCCUCUCCCGCUAUCUCGGCAAGAGCGGCAGAAGUGAUCUCGUGGAAGAUCUCCGCUUCAAGUGGGAGAACAAAAUGCUGGCGAGGAAAACGCAUGGCUAG